CUCAACAUUCAUCUGAAAGCUAGAAAGGUUCAGAGAGAGAGAGAGAGAGAGAGACAUCAAGACAUCAAAGAGGCAGAUCGAAAUGGAGAAUUUCCCUGUUUUUAACAUGGAGCAACUCAACGGUGAAGAGAGACAAGCAACCAUGGAGAAGAUGAACGAUGCUUGUGAGAAUUGGGGUUUCUUUGAGUUGGUGAACCAUGGGAUAUCCCAUGAGCUGAUGGACAAGGUAGAGAAGCUCACAAAGGAGCACUACAGAAAGUGCAUGGAGCAAAGGUUCAAGGAAAUGGUGGCAAGCAAAGGCCUCGAAUCUGUCAACUCUGAAAUAGAAGAUUUGGACUGGGAAAGCACCUUCUUCUUGCGCCACCUCCCCUUCUCCAACAUUUCCCAAAUCCCCGAUCUCGACGAAGAUUACAGGGAGGCCAUGAAGGAAUUUGCAGUGGAACUAGAGAAACUGGCUGAGCAACUGUUGGACUUGCUGUGUGAGAAUCUGGGGCUGGAUAAGGGUUACCUGAAGAAGGCUUUCUAUGGAUCCGAGGGACCAAAUUUUGGGACCAAGGUGAGCAACUACCCUCCAUGCCCCAAACCGGACCUGAUCAAGGGACUCCGGGCCCACACCGACGCCGGUGGCAUCAUCCUACUAUUCCAAGAUGACAAGGUCAGCGGCCUCCAGCUCCUCAAGGAUGGCCAAUGGAUUGAUGUGCCCCCAAUGCACCACUCCAUUGUCAUCAACUUAGGUGACCAACUUGAGGUGAUCACUAAUGGCAAGUACAAGAGUGUGAUGCACCGUGUGAUAGCGCAACCUGAUGGAAACAGAAUGUCGAUAGCCUCGUUCUACAACCCAGGCAAUGAUGCUUUUAUCUCUCCAGCACCAGCAAUGCUUGAAAAACAAACUGAGGAAUGCCCAACUUAUCCAAAAUUUGUGUUUGAUGACUACAUGAAGCUCUAUUCAGGCCUCAAAUUCCAAGCCAAGGAGCCGAGGUUUGAAGCUAUGAAGGCUAUGGAAUCAAUUGCAACUGUUUGAGCCCUGAAAUCAGUCGAUUGACUUUGUAUGUCGGUCUGUGUGUAGUUACUAUUGUAAUAAGGUUGUUAAGGGCAGUUAAUUUCGUUUUUAUCUACCUGAAUUUCCUCCUUGUCUGGUGGGAAUUUAGAGCAUAAAUUAAUAGAGCUAUAAGCUAGUUUGGGACUUUCUGGUAAAUAACAUCAAUAUCAAUGUUUUUGAUGUACUGUCAUAGAAAAAAUAUGGAAUGAAUACAAAUAAUUAUCAAAAUGCCAAAAAUUUCAGGGA